CCCGAUAGUUCUCGUUGUUGUUGUUGGACGACUAAAUCUGCACGCCUGGUCGUCUUCGUGUUCUUGCCUCUCACCUUCAGCUCAAAAUCAUGGCCAGUGCUGCCAUGGCAUCGUCCUGUCCCUCGGAUUUCCUGGCCCACCUCCAAGGCGGGGCCUUGAGCUCGCCACCCACCAGCCCGCCGUCCAAUGUCGACCACGCUCUCCUGCCCUCGUUUGGACUGCACCCUUUGGAACAGGCCUGGUGUCUGUGGUUCUACAAGGAGGAUCGGAACGCUAAUUUUCAGGAAAACCUUCGCUACAUCACCAAUUUUCAGCACGUGGAGGGAUUCUGGAGUCUGUUCAAUCAUUUGGAAACGCCCUCCAACCUGCCCAUCAACACCGAUUAUAGCCUAUUCAAGGAGGAUAUUCAACCCAUGUGGGAAGAUGAGUUAAAUCGUCAUGGAGGCCGUUGGAUCUUCGUGUUGAAACGCCAUGCCAAUCACCGAGCGCUCUUGGAUCAGUUGUGGAUGGAUUUCGUCUUGGCUCUGAUCGGCGAACAGGAUUGCUUGGGCACGCUGGGUCGACUCAUCAACGGGGCGGUGGUGUCCAUUCGGGCCAAGGUGUAUCGCAUUGCCCUCUGGAUUGGCGAUGCCUCAGCCGAGGAUGCCAUCCUCAGGAUUGGACACUUUAUGAAAAGCAUUUUGAGUGCAGGCGGGCCGCACAAGUUGAGUUUCGAGGUGCAUGCGGAUGCUCGGAAGAAGAAGUCGAGCGAUGCACCCAGGAACUUGUAUGUCAUUUGAUUUUUAUUGGGAUGGAAUUAAAGGGGCGAUGAAACCCUGAUCCAAGAAAUUUGUUAUGUUUCAUGAAUAAAUCGCUUUCCAUUUUCUAAGAAUAA